GUAUCGACUUCACGUCGGUUUUACGCGUUUUCCCUGUGAAAUUUUCAGGGAAAAACCUGUGCAAUAACCGCGAAAAUAUUCAAUAUAUCCUCUAAUAUAUAUAUAAAGUGUUAUAUACAGUUAUCUAUAAUAUAUUACUAACGGUUUAGGUGGGAAAACUCGUACAAUAUACUAUAUAUUCCAGGCCUUCAAGAUGGCAGUUUUACAAUGAACUGUGGUAAAAUUUCCGUUUCCUUUAUAUAAUCUGUGAUUUAUUUGUGUCGUAAAUGGUGUUCAAGGUGUGAAAAAGUGAUGAAAACGCCAAACUGUAUUCGAAAAAGAGAUGAGACAGUGUGAAAAGCGGGCGAGCCACGGCGGCUAGCAGACAUGGAGGGGGGGUGGCUGGUGCUGGCGGCCGUACUCAUAGCGGCGCACGCGCAGAACAACAGGAAUGAUGGCCCGCGGUUUCUCUCACGCGGUCACUCCUUCAGGACUGUCGUUGGAGACACUUUACUACUGCCUUGUCAGGUUCAGAACUUGGGGUCUCUGGUCCUCCUGUGGAGGCGUGGACCCGCUGUCCUAACGGCUGCCAGUCUAAUGGUCACCAGGGACGAGAGAUUCAGACUGGUAGAUGGUUAUAACCUGCAGAUAACCGACGUGGGCCCACAGGAUGCAGGAGACUACGUAUGCCAGAUCUCCGAUAGAAUUUCCCGUGACCAAGUUCACACAGUGGAAGUACUGGUCCCUCCCAGCGUGAGAGCGUCGCCGGAGUCUCGGCACGCGGCCGCACGUCGUGGAGGCGCUGCAGUAUUAGAAUGCAGAGCUGCUGGCAACCCAGUACCAACUGUCACUUGGCAUAAACUGAAGCUACCUGAGCCAACAAAUUGGCCUGAACUGAAUGACACAAAUACUCGGCUAGGCGAAGGACCUCAACUGCAACUGUCGAGGUUGGAGCGUCACCACAGCGGACGGUACGCUUGCACCGUCGACAAUGGCGUGGGUACACCUAUUGUUACUGAAUUCCAGCUACAAGUGCUAUAUCCGCCAGAGAUAACAGUGGAGAGGUCGUGGGUACAUACAGGCGAAGGUUUCAGGGCGGAACUACUAUGUACAGUGCACGCAGACCCGCCGGCAGAGGUGGGGUGGUACCAGAAUUCGUUCCCGUUGAGUGCAUCCGACAGAAUUACAAUGUCGGCGCGCGGCAAUAACCACACUCUCCUAAUAGGGAACGUUCAACCUGAGGACUUUGGUAAUUACAGCUGCGUAGCUGACAACAGCCUGGGCCGCGCGCGGCAGCACGUGGAGGUGUCGGGGCGGCCCGGGCCUGCGCGGUUCACGUCGCCGCCGCUCGCGCGCCGCGCCGCCGCCUACCUGCUCGCCUUCAGCGUCGACUCCUACCCGCCGCUCGACGAGCUGCGCCUGCUGUACCGGCAGCUGGCGAUCAACGAGUCGUUCCAGCAGCCGGGCCGCUGGCACGACGUGGUGCUGCCGGCGCCGCGGCCCGCCCCCGCGUCUAGCUCCGUCUCGCUCACGCACCGCGUCACGCACGAGCUGCGCGGCCUGCAGCCCGGCGCCGUCUACGAGGCCAUCGUGCAGGCCAAGAACCGCUACGGCUGGAACGAGGUCAGCGACAUCUUCCAAUUCCACACGCUAGGGAACGCGCACAGCGCGCACGCGGACGAACUGACACCAAUGUUCGCGUGCGCCAACAUCCACCCACUGGCGUUUUACGUCAUGCUAACCGCCUUAUAUAUAACGAUCGCGCUCGCCUGAUUGGCCGACCGUCGGUUCGAAAUUUAAACAUCGUUUCGCGACUUUCGAAUUUUUUAACCGCUUUUUAUCGUAAAACGAAUGGACUUGACACCAAAAUUAGGUGAAUUUAAGUGUUGUGACAGAAAGACGACCUAUUAUUUACUAGUACGCUUACGAUGAGAAAUUUAACUGACAGUGAUU